UUGCAUGCAAGAUGAACUCGUUGGUAAACAUAUUACAUGUGCCAAGGGCAGCCUCUGGGCCUGGGGCAGUCUGGACGAGUAUAAAAGCCAGUCCCGUCGCAGGAUCCUUCAUCCUACUGGCUUGUCUUCUCCUCCUUGGUGAACAAGGUGCACCUCCGUCCCACAGCCAUGUCCUGCUACGAUCUGUGCCGUCCCUGUGGCCCAACCCCACUCGCCAACAGCUGCAACGAGCCCUGUGUCAGGCAGUGCCAGGACUCCCGAGUGAUUAUUGAACCGUCUCCCGUGGUGGUGACCCUGCCCGGACCCAUCCUCAGCUCCUUCCCCCAGAACACCGCUGUGGGAUCCACCACCUCCGCUGCUGUUGGCAGCAUCCUGAGCCAGGAGGGAGUGCCCAUCAACUCCGGGGGCUUCAGCCUCUCUGGCCUGGGUGGUCGCUACGGCAGAAGAUGCCUGCCCUGCUAAGGUCGGGCUGGACGUGCAGUGAACACAUCGACCAGGAAGACCAAAGCCACUCACCAGACUGAGGACGCAGCUUCUGGUCAGAGUUUCCAGAGGAGCUGAGCACCCUUACACACACCCUCCUUUACAGCCAUCCUGUGCUGUCUGGAAACACGGCCAGCUGAUGCUGUCUUCUUCCUCUACUUUCUUCUCUGCAUCAAGAGCCCCUGUUGUCUCCUGCUGUCCUGUGUCAUGGGUUCCUCCUGAAGCAAGCUGAGAAGAGUCCUGCUCAUCACUCUCUGUAUAAGUGUGUGGAAGACGUGUGUCCCGUUGCUGUGCAGGGCUGCCUGAGUGCCACCUGCCCUUGGAGCACCUGGCCCAGGUCCCUUCCAGCACGCCCUGCUUUGUUUCUGUCUUAAGACUCAUUAAAGUUCAUGCUGCAUUGUA